AGAGGAUGUACAACCCACAGUAUUUCUGAUUAUCAGACCAGCUGUCUCUGUGAUCACCUCACACAUUUCGCUGUGCUCUUGGAUGUAUCGAGAACGCCCAUAGGUGAAGCUGACAGUCAGAUUCUGACAGUGAUCUCAUAUCUUGGUUGUGGUAUAUCUGCCAUAUUUCUCGGAAUCACUCUUCUCACCUACCUUUCUUUUGAGAAGCUCCGGAGAGACUACCCAUCUAAGAUACUCAUCAACCUGUCGGCUGCCCUGCUGGGGUUGUGCAUGCUCUUCCUUCUGAACUCCUGGCUCUCUUCCUUCUCAAACUAUGGGCUUUGCAUCGCCACUGCUGCAACGCUGCACUACUUCCUGCUGGCUUCUUUCACCUGGAUGGGCCUGGAGGCCGUGCAUAUGUACUUCGCACUUGUCAAGGUCUUCAACAUCUACGUUCCCUCCUACAUCCUCAAGUUCUGUGCUGCAGGAUGGGGUAUUCCUCUGGUGAUAGUCAGCCUGGUCCUGGCUAUAGAUAAAGAUGCUUAUGGCAGCGCUGAGCCUAUAGAAACUGCAGGGAUGCUUAAGUCCACCGACCAAUUCUGCUGGCUGCAGAAUGACGUCUUCUUCUACGUGACGGUGGUGGCAUUUGUCCUGCUGAUCCUGUUGUGCAACGUCUCUGUGUUCGUCGUGGUUCUGAUCCAGAUCCGACACAUGAGGACCAAUAAACGGUCAACAAGCAGCCCCAACUCUCUGCAAGACAUGAGGGCGGUGGCCAGUCUCACCGUCCUGCUGGGCCUGACGUGGUCAAUGGGCUUUUUUUCAUUUGGGCCAGGCAAAGUGGCCAUGAUGUACCUGUUCUCCAUAUUCAACACCUUGCAGGGGUUCUUUGUCUUUUUGUUCCACUGUGUGAUGAAGGAAAAUGUGAGGAAACAGUGGAAAAUCCACUUGUGCUGUGGACGUUUCAGACUCAGUGAUUACUCAGACUGGAGCCACUCUGUGACCAUGGGCGGCAAAAAUAACCAUCUUGUUAACUCUGACUCAGUCGCUUCUGACGAAACCUCCACCAACAGGAAGGUCUCUGACUCCUCCACAGGAUCUGCACCAAACCACCACCAGAGGGCGUGAGCCAGCCUCUGUGUGUGCUAAUGUGUACAGUGCAGCUUUACUUACCCUCCAAGGUCCAUUCUGCAAACACUGAUAGCAGAAAAUAGAGCAGCUGGUUGGCUGUUAUUAUAGGCAGGGGAAUAGCAAAUAAACCACAAGUUCAACGAGGUACAAUGUGUCUGUGGACACUCCUGAAUGCUUAUCAUAGCCAGGAAAAUAAUCAUUAUACUGCGCUGACUGUCAGGUCAAAGGACAGUAAAGGUGUGCUAUAAAAAAUGCAUCUUCAAAAGCCUUCAAUCUACAUCUCACAUUUAAAGUUUAUAUUACUGCUUUCAUCGUAGAGCUGAGUGGCUGAUGCUUAAAAAGAACAUUUUGUGUUUGUAAAACCUGAAUAGUAAAUUCAUGAGUGAUGUCUAUGUGGCACAGAAGCAGUUUUAAAUGUAAUAGAAAUGUUAUAUAAAGAGCGGCAUCUGUAACCUAGAACUGUUGUCUAGUACAGUUUGUGAGAAAUUGUAGUUAAUUAUAUACUUGAAUGCGCAAUUUGUAAGACAUAACACCAUCGUGUGCUUCUUCUGACCUUUAAAAUGAUAGUAUUCAUGAUGGUAAGGCUAAGGUAUUUUUGAAUGUCAAUGCUAUCAAAAUAUAGGUGUAAGCUUUCUGAGCAUCUAAAAGUAGCUU